AUGGAACGUGCUGGGGAGAGGCACCCCCUCUUGCCGCGGCGCACAGAGAAGGCGCCCGUGGAGCCUGGGGCCUUCAACGGCCGGAGGCUGGCAUGCGGCGCGGUGCUCAUGGUCGAAGCCCUGGAGCGGCUGGCGUUCUAUGCGGUGGUGGGCAACCUGGUGCUGUACCUGAACGGUUCGGCCUUCGGCUGGGACGGCCCCAGGGCCACCAGCGCCAGCCUGGUGUUCACCGGCGCGGCCUACCUGGCCUCACCAUUCGGGGGGUGGCUGGCGGACGCGUGGCUGGGCCGCUACCGCACCGUGGCGGCGGGCCUGGCCCUCUACCUCUUCGGGAUGCUGGCCCUGCCACUGACGGCCGAUCCGCGGACCCGGGGCCUGGUGUGCGGCAACAGGACGGCAGGACGCCACGGCGACGGGGAGGAGGGGGCGGACGCGGAUUACUGCCGAGGCUUCAUCUAUUCGGGCCUAGUGGUUGUAGGUCUAGCUGUGGGCUGCGUCAGAUCGAACAUCACGCCGUUCGGGGCGGACCAGGUGACGGACAGAGGGCCUGAGGCUGUGAGGCGUUUUUUCAACUGGUUUUAUUGGUUCAUCAACAUCGGCGCCAUUCUGUCCCUCUUCCUGGUGUCCUACAUCCAACAGAACAUCAACUUCUUCAUCGGCUACGUCAUUCCCGUUAUCUGCCUGGUCCUGGGUCUCCUCAUAUUCCUCCUGGCCGGACCAACCUUCAUCACCAAACAGGCUGAUGGCAGCGCGUUCACAGGAAUGGCCCGCUCACUCUUCAGAUGCUGUUGCCCAGGGACAGGCCGCCUGACCAGAUCCCCCUACAGUGACCUAUCGGAGGAGAUGCUAUUUGGCCAUGGGAGGCAGCCCGCAGACCCCACUCAGGAGAACGUGAAGGUGUUGAGGAGGGUCAUCCCAGUCUUCCUGAUGUUGAUCCCCUACUGGAUGGUCUACUUCCAGAUGGAGAGUACGUACGUGCUCCAGGCUGUACAUCUCCAGCUUCCCUCCCUGUUUGGGGACCGUCCGACGCACAACGGCACAGAGCAUCUGCAAACAUUCCCAGCGGCCUGGCUGACCAUGUUCGACGCCGUCAUGCUAUUACUCCUCAUCCCUCUCAAAGACACGGUCAUCGACCCAUUCCUGACAAAGAGGAAUCUCCUCCCGACGCCCCUCACCCGGAUCAGCCUGGGAAUGAUCUUCGCCAUGUUCUCCGCCAUCGCUGCAGGCGUACUGGAGAGCCAGCGUCUGGUCCACGUCCGAAACAAUGAGACGGUCAGCCAGACGGUGGGGAGCACCACGUACGUGGCCGCCCGCCUCGCGAUCUGGUGGCAGGUGCCCCAGUACCUGUUGAUCGGGAUCAGCGAGAUAUUUGUCAGCAUCCCGGGUUUGGAGUUUGCCUAUUCCGAAGCCCCCAAAUCCAUGCAGUGUGCCAUCAUGGGCCUCUUCUUCUUCUUCUCCGGGAUUGGUUCGUUUGUUGGGUCCGGGCUCCUGGAUCUAGUAUCAUUCCCAUCCAUUGGCUGGCUGAACUGCCAGCUGGACCACGGGAACAUCAACAGUUGCCAUAUGGACUAUUAUUUCUAUCUCCUUGCUGGCCUGCAGUGCGCAACAUUGCCGCUGUUCAUCUCUCUCACAGUCUGGCAUGAGAAAGGCCGGGACAGCAGCUCUCGGCCCCCUGUCUGUCAGGGCCUGCGCUCGGGGAGACCUGCCCCCAGCUCCAGGAGCUCCCCGGCCCGUUUCCAGGCAGGCCGCAGGGUCUAGGAGCGAAUCUGACGCUCACACACCCACCUGCACACACUCCGGCACUCUCACACUCACCAGCACACACUCCGGCGCUCACACAGUCACCGACACACACUCCGGCACUCUCACACAAUCACCGACACACACUCCGGCACACACAGUCACCGACACACACUCCCGCACUCACACAGUCACCGACACACACUCCGGCACUCUCACACAAUCACCGACACACACUCCGGCACUCUCACACAAUCACCGACACACACUCCGGCACACACAGUCACCGACACACACUCCGGCACUCUCACACAAUCACCGACACACACUCCGGCACACACAGUCACCGACACACACUCCGGCACACACAGUCACCGACACACACUCCCGCACUCACACAGUCACCGACACACACUCCGGCGCUCACACAAUCACCGACACACACUCCGACAUUCACACACUCACCUGCACACACUCCGGCACUCACACACUCACCAGCACACACUCCGGCGCUCACACAAUCACCGACACACACUCCGACAUUCACACACUCACCUGCACACACUCCGGCACUCACACACUCACCAGCACACACUCCGGCGCUCACACAAUCACCGACACACACUCGAACACUCACACUCACCUACACACACUCUGACACAUUCACACAAUCACCUGCAUACACUCC